GAGGCCAGAGGACAGGCGGGCGACCAGAGGAAGAUGGCGGUCGGGAUGCUGUCUGGAAUAUGGGGCAGGAUCUGCUCCACACCCAGACUUGGAUGGAUGUAAACACUGAAUUUAUAUUUGAUUUCCACUUCCCGUGGUCUGGACUUGUUUGGGCUUGUUUAAUUCGCUUUAACUGCGUUUGAUCCGGCGUAAGUCUGUGUGAUUCCCAAACUACAUCGAUAGACUGGGUGGGAGAAAAGUGGACCAAAAUGUCGGAUUCAAAGGUAAAAGUUGCAGUACGAGUUCGGCCCAUGAACCGCAGAGAGUUGGAAUUGAACACAAAAUGUGUUGUGGAUAUGGAGGACAACCAGACCGUCCUCCACCCGCCACCGUCCAACUCCAAAGGAGACAGCAGGAAACAACCAAAGGUGUUUGCCUUCGACCACUGUUUCUGGACCAUGGACGAGUCCAACACUCCCAAAUAUGCCGGUCAAGAGGUGGUGUUCAAGUGCCUUGGAGAGGGUAUACUGGACAACGCGUUCCAAGGAUACAAUGCCUGCAUAUUUGCCUAUGGACAAACAGGUUCAGGGAAGUCCUUUUCCAUGAUGGGGAAUGGGGAUCAGCCGGGUCUGAUUCCAAGGCUGUGCGGUGCCUUGUUCGAAAGGGUCCACAGAGACGAAUGUGAGGCACACUCCUUCAAGCUGGAGGUCUCCUUCAUGGAGAUCUACAACGAGAAGGUCAGGGACCUCCUAGACCCCAAAGGGAGCCGGCUCUCCCUGAAGGUGCGAGAGCACAAAGUGCUGGGUCCGUACGUGGAUGGCCUCUCUCAGCUGGCUGUGACCAGCUUUGAGGACAUUGAGGUGUUGAUGUCGGAGGGCAACAAGUCGCGGACUGUUGCUGCCACCAACAUGAACGAGGAAAGUAGUCGCUCGCACGCCGUCUUCAGCAUUGUCGUCACACAGACGCUGUACGACCUGGGCUCCGGGAACUCUGGGGAGAAAGUGAGCAAAAUCAGCCUGGUGGACUUGGCAGGAAGUGAGCGAGUCUCCAAGACUGGAGCGGCCGGUGAGAGACUCAAGGAAGGCAGCAACAUCAACAGGUCUUUAACCACCCUGGGCUGUGUUAUCUCUGCGCUGGCUGACCAGUCUGCUGGGAAAGGGAAGGCCAAGUUUGUCCCAUACAGAGACUCUGUUCUUACCUGGCUCCUAAAGGACAACCUUGGUGGCAACAGUAAGACGGCCAUGAUCGCCACGGUGAGCCCAGCGGCCGACAACUACGAGGAGACACUGUCCACACUGCGCUACGCCGACCGCGCCAAGCGGAUUGUCAACCACGCGGUAGUGAACGAGGACCCCAACGCCCGCAUCAUCAGGGAGCUGAGGGAAGAGGUGGAGAAGCUCAGGGAGCAGCUCACCGCAGCCGAGUCCCUGAAAGCCCCGGAGCUGAAGGAGAAGCUGCAGGAGUCUGAGAAACUCAUCGAGGAGAUGACCGUCACCUGGGAGCAGAAACUACGCAAAACGGAGGAGAUCGCAGCGGAGAGGCAGAAGCAGCUGGAGAGCAUGGGCAUCUCUCUGGAAACAUCUGGGAUCAAAGUAGGCGAAGACAAGUGCUUCCUGGUCAACCUGAACGCCGACCCAGCCCUCAACGAGCUGCUGGUCUACUACCUGAAGGAACACACGCUUGUCGGGGCAGACACCUCCCAGGACAUCCAGCUCUUUGGGAUUGGCAUCCAGCCAGAGCACUGUGCACUGGACCUCUGCCCAGACGGUGAUGUCACCCUCACGCCCAUAGAAAAUGCCAGAACCUGUGUGAACGGAACCGUGGUGGACUCUCUGGUCCACCUGUGGCACGGUGACCGCAUCCUGUGGGGGAACAACCACUUCUUUAGGAUCAACCUGCCCAGCAGGAAGCGGCGGGAGCGGCUGAAGGAGCUGGAGCGGGCAUCGCCCAGGGAGAGCUACGUGGAGGCGGACCUGGAGACGGCCAGCGAGGCCUCGUCGGAGCAGGACUACAGCUACGAGUUCGCCCAGAUGGAGGUCAUCAUGAAGACCCUAGGGAACAACGACCCCAUGCAGAAUGUGGUGCAGGUGCUGGAGAAGCAGUAUCUGGAGGAGAGGCGGACUGCCCUGGAGGAGCAGAGGAGAAUGUACGAGAGGGAGCUGGAGUCGCUACGGCAACAGCUCUCGCCCGAGAAGACAAAGCAGCACCACCAGCGCAGCAACAGCGAGCACCUGGCCUUCACCACGCACAGCCCCCACAGCAAGCCACGGCUGUGGACCGACGACAGGGAUGAGUUGUUCCGACAGAGCCUCUCCCGGCUAAGGGAGCAGGUAGUGAAAGCAAACACUUUGGUGCGAGAAGCCAACUUUCUGGCAGAGGAGAUGAACAAACUGACAGACUACCAGGUCACCCUCCAGAUCCCCGCAGCCAACCUCAGUGCUAACCGCAAGCGUGGAGCCAUCGUGAGCGAACCAGCCAUUCAGGUGCGGAGGAAAGGAAAAGGAACACAGGUGUGGGCCAUCGAGAGGUUGGAGAACAAGCUGGUGGACAUGAGGGACCACUACAGAGACUGGAAGGAAGGCACAGAGGAGGAGAUGUGUUACAAGGCGAACAGCAAGCACUUGGACCCAUUCUAUGAGGCGCAGGAGAACCACAACCUGAUCGGAGUAGCCAACAUAUUCCUGGAGUGCCUUUACCACGAUGUCAAGCUGCAGUAUGCAGUACCCAUCAUCAGCCAGCAGGGGGAGGUGGCGGGCAGACUGCAUGUGGAGCUGAUGCGCGUGUGCGGCCCGCUGCCCGAGCGGCUUGCGUGGGGCGAUGACUCCUCAGAAAAUUCCAGCGAGAGCGGCUGUUACGAGGUGAUGGACGGCCACGGGGAGGUUGUCCUGAUGGCCAGGAGGCUCACCUGCAGGGUCCACAUCAAGGAGGCCUCGGGGCUGCCCCUCAACCUGUCCAACUUCGUCUUCUGCCAGUACACGUUCUGGGACCAGGCCGAGCCCACGGUGGCUCCUCCCAUGGUCAGCCCGGACGCCCCCACACACUCCCCCGAGGCCCAGUUCACUGUCCGCUUCGACCACAGCAAGGACCACGUGGUUCACGUGACAGAUGACUUCCUGGAGUUCAUCUCAGAAGGGGCGCUGGCCAUCGAGGUGUGGGGUCAUCGCUGCGCCGGGACGGGGCCAUCGCCGUGGCAGCUGGAUGCGCUCCAGGCCAAGAGUCGCACGCUCCGGGACAGGUGGAGUGAGGUGUCCCGCCGGAUUGAGCUGUGGGCCUCCAUCCAGGAGCUCAACGAGCAGGGGGAGUACUCGCACGUGGAGUUGGUGCCGGGGAAGGAUGUCAGCACCGGGGGAGUCUUUCAGCUGCGGCAGGGUCACUCUCGGAGGCUCCAGGUGUGUGUGAAGCCGGUUCAACACUCGGGUACCUUGCCUCUGCUGGUGGAGGCUGUGCUGUCCGUCGCUAUUGGCUGCGUGUCUGUCCGCUCCAUAAAGCUCCAGAGACCCCUGGACAGCUACCAGAGAGAGGUGGAGGACGAAAUGGAUAGUUAUCAGGAGGAAGACCUAAACUGCGUUCGGGAGCGUUGGUCCGAAGCCCUGAUCAAACGAAGGGAGUAUCUCGACGAACAGAUCAAGAGAAUAAUCAACAAGCCCGAGAAGUGUGAGGAGGACAUGGAGCGCGAGGCGCGGCUAGUAGAGCAGUGGGUGGGGCUGACGGAGGAGAGGAACGCUGUGCUGGUCCCUGCCCCGGGGGGGGGCAUUCCUGGGGCGCCAGCACACUGGACGCCACCAGCUGUGAUGGAAGCUCACAUCCCAGUCCUCUUCCUGGACUUGAAUGCAGAUAAUCUGACACUGAAUGAACAGUUAACAGGGCCACACGCUGCAGGUGUGAACUCUAUCCUACCCAAGGAGCAUGGAAGCCAGUUCUUCUAUCUGCCGAUCAUCAGGCACAGCGAUGAGGAGGUGUCUGUGGCAUGCUCAUGGGACUCCUCCAUCCACGACUCAGUGCACCUCAACCGCAUCACGUCGCCCAACGAGCGCAUCUACCUGAUCGCCAAGGUAACGCUGCAGCUCAGCCACCCCGCCUCCAUGGAGCUGGUGGUCCGCAAGAGGAUCGCUGUCAACAUCUACAACAAGCAGAGCUUCACUCAGAGCCUGAAGAGGAGGAUGUCCUUGAAGAGCACGCUCUACUCCUGCGGACUCACCUACGAGAUCGUCUCCAACGUCCCAAAGGCCUCGGAGGAGCACGAGGAGCGGGAGACGCUGGCUCUCAUGGCGGCCCGCGGCGAGACGGAAGAGCUGCAGGGCGGGGAGACCUACAUGGAGAAAUACACACGGGGGGUGCUGGAGGUGGAGUCCAUUCUGGGCCUGGAGAGGCUGCGGCAGGCUGUUACAGUGAAGGAGGCACUGUCUGCGAAGGCCAAGGGGAGAGUCCUCAAGAGGAGCCUCAGCUCCCCAAAUGUACAGCAUUCUUCCUGUAGUAGAACACACCUCCCUGGCUGUGAGGAUGAUGACUGUAAGGACCACUGUUCUACCUUUGACGACUCCAGCUGUAACCUCCAGGACGUAUCCCUUUGUAUCACCCCCAUCAAGAACAAGGAGACCCACGAGAGCCCAGCGCUGUUCAGUUCCAGCCCGUUCAAGGCACUCUCUCCACAGCCCCCAAAGUUCCUCAAGGCCUUGCUGACGGUCAGAGAGGAGAACAAAGCUAAGAAGGUUCUGGAGGCACGGCCGCUGCUGGGACAAGAGAGCAUGAACUCAUGUGUGACCAACCCUGCACUGCACGCCCCUCCCUGUCCCUGGCAGCGGCCCCGGGCCGGCAGUGAGGGCCACUGCUCGCCUGCAGCCCCGUCCUCCACCCCCACAUCCACCUCCACCACAAUAAGACAGCUCAGUCUCUCACUGCCACGCCCCGCUGACUCUGAGGACGAGGAGGCCGGUGGGAACGGGCCCUCCAGCCUGGACUGCGGACCCCUUGGGGGCGAACCUCUGGAGGGCGGACCUCUGGAGGGCAGACCUCUGGAGGGCAGACCUCUGGAGGGCGGACCUCUGGACGGCAGACCUCUGGACGGAGGACCUCUGGACAGAGGCGCCUUUCAGCCUUACAUUCCUGAGGACUUUGCUAAUUUUGAGGUGUACAACACGACGCUGGAGCCCCAGGACGGGCUUGCCUCCCGCUGGGACCUGAAGCCCGGGAUGGGGCGCUGCGGCAGGGCCGGGGAGCGGGCGGUGAGCCGCAGCCCCACGGCCAGCAGCUGCACCAGCGGCUACGUCUCCCACAGCGACUCCAAUGCCACACUGUCCGACGUGCCCUUCAGCACCAGCGACAGCUUCGACCACCUCAGCGCCAGAGAACCACUAGAGAGGCUGGACGCCCUGGACGUGAUCCAUGGCCUCGCAGGGAGAGGCUGUGCUCGGAACAGAAGCAUUACCGCAGGAGAGGAUGAAUUAAUCACCACCUCCACUGAUGGGCUCCAGGGUUUGUUGGUCCCCUCCUCUCCCGCUGCUGGGGUACCUGGUGGCGCUGACCUGGGAGAGAGCCUUCCUUUAUCGAGAAGCGGCAUUCUCAAUGCCUGCCAGGAGUUUAGUGAUUUCAAAGGGGCGGAGGAUGGUGUAAUUGAGGGUGAAGGUUGGCAGCAGAAGGGUCAGGACUUACCCACCGGGGAAUGUGAUGAAGAACAGUAUUUAGAAAUGUUUUUGGUGGACAGAUCCAGUACUGAAAGCACUCCGGCCUCUUCCUGCAGCUGUCACAGCGCUGAGGGAUGUGUUGGUUUAACCGUGCCUUGCCACAUGGCUGUUGGCACCGAGACUGUGGUACGUACAACUGUCCAUGCUGAGGUACCAGCCUCAGCUCCAGCCUUAACGUUGCCCUCUCUGUCGACCUCCACCCGUGCCCCGGUUCCACAAGGAGCAGGGGGAGGAGGAGGGGAACCUCCUCUCCACGAACCCGCCCAGGGAGACCUGCCCCACAGGAGUCCCUGCCCCAGCCCCAACCCCAGCAGUGCGGAGCCUUCAGGGGACUCCAGCGGGGACGAGAGCUCCCCCGCCACCCAGCUGCCUGACUGGAUGGCCCCUGGGGAGCAGGUGUGGGUGGGGAAGAGGAAGGGGACCGUCCACUAUGUUGGAGGGGUGGAGUUUGCCAAGGGGAUAUGGGUCGGUUUGCAGCUGGACAUGGCACUGGGCAAGCACAACGGAACGGUCCAGGGAAGGGUGUAUUUCCGCUGUCCACCGGGUCGUGGCGUGUUUGUCAAACCAUCCCGUCUCACCAAGGGCCCGCCCUCUUUGGCCAUGGACCCCCAGACAGUGAUCGGAUAGUGCCCAGGGAAGAGCCAUCAUGAACCCAAAAGGACAUCAGGCCAUCCCUAUGCCCAGUGCCUAGAGAAACAUUUGAUUUCCCUUCCACUUGCUCAAAUCCCCCAUCCUAUAUCAUAUCGGACCUGUGCAUAUCAUGCCGAUAUAUUUUCUUUUUGCUAAAGAUUCACAAAACCCUCUAUGCAGUUUUGCCAUUGC